UACUAACUGUAGAAAAGGGGUUUCCUGUUUUAUUUGCAUCCAUGCACACAAUGGUGCUAGGACCGCAAUCACCUCCGCGUCCAGGCGAGCUUAGCGCGUGCGCAGUGCCGGGGUUCUUUGCCGGACAGGUGACUGUGACAGGUGAUGUGUGAAUUCCUCGGUAAGAAGGUCAAACGCAAAAGCCUGGAAGCGGAGGGAGCGUGCUGGGCCGGUAGGAAAAAGGCCUGGUGUGGCUGGAAGGGGUCAUGCAAAACCAGGAGGGCCUCGUGUGUCUUGGAGAACGAGCUCGGAGUAGUCAAGGACAUUUAGGGGGCUUCCAGGUCCUUCCGGUCCUUAGCCGUUUCCUGGCCGGCGCCACCCCCAACAUGGCGGCUGCACAGCGCCCUCCUGCGGACUAGCGGAAGUACGUCAAAGUGGGCGCCGGAAGUGAUGGACAGCCCUGCCCCUUGCCGGGGUCUCUGUGGAGCGGCGGACGCGCGGCUUCGGGCAUCCCUAACCUGACAGGCGAGAGGCCCCGGGGCUGCGGCUCCGGCGGCCGCAGCACGGCCCGCCCGCGACAUGGCCAGCCUGGAAGAGGACAUGGCCAGCAAGGCGGCUGUGCCCCCCGGGGCAGCCGAGGAGGUGGGUGAUGCUCACCUGCUGGGCUUCUCUGAUGAGAUCCUCCUGCACAUCCUGAGCCACGUGCCCAGCACAGACCUGGUGCUGAAUGUGCGGCCUACCUGCCGCAAGCUUGCAGCGCUGUGCCUAGACAAGAGCCUGGUCCACACUGUGCUUCUGCAGAAGGACUAUCAGGCCAGUGAGGACAAGGUGAAGCAGCUGGUGAAGGAGAUCGGCCAGGAGAUCCAGCAGCUGAACUUGGCUGGCUGCUACUGGCUGUCGGGCUCCACCAUUGAGCAUGUGGCGCGGUGCCGCAGCCUGGUCAGGGUGAACCUCUCAGGCUGCCACCUGACAUCCCUGCGCCUCUCCAAGGUGCUGUCAGCCCUGGAGCACCUGCGCUCACUGGCCAUCGAUGUGAACCCUGGCUUUGAUGCCAGCCAGCUGAGCAGCGAGUGCCGGGCCACGCUGAGCCGCGUGCGGGAGCUCAAGCAGACGCUGUUCACACCAUCCUAUGGUGUGGUGCCCUGCUGCCCCAGCUUGCACAAGCUGCUGCUCUACUUUGAGAUCCUGGACCGCACGCGCGAGGGCGCUGUGCUCUCUGGCCAGCUCAUGGUGGGCCAGAGCAACGUGCCCCACUACCAGAACCUGCGUGUGUUCUACGCGCGCCUGGCCCCUGGCUACAUCAACCAGGAGGUGGUGCGUCUCUACCUGGCCGUGCUCAGUGACCGCACACCCGAGAACCUGCAUGCCUUCCUUAUCUCCGUCCCCGGCAGCUUCGCUGAGAGCGGGGCCACCAAGAACCUCCUGGAAUCCAUGGCCCGGAACGUGGCCCUAGAUGCCCUGCAGCUGCCCCGGUCCUGGCUGAACGGCUCCACCCUUCUCCAGAACAUGAAGUUCAACAACCCCUUUUACUUCAGCUUUAGCCGCUGCACCCUGUCCGGUGGCCAUUUGAUCCAGCGUGUCAUCAAUGGCGGGAAGGACCUGCGGAGCCUGGCAAGCCUCAACCUCAGUGGCUGCGUCCACUGUCUGUCCCCAGACUCCCUGCUCCGCAAGGCUGAGGACGACAUCGACAGCAGCAUCCUGGAGACGCUGGUGGCCUCCUGCUGCAACCUGCGCCACCUCAACCUCUCCGCUGCCCACCACCACAGCUCUGAGGGCCUGGGCAGGCACCUGUGCCAGCUCCUGGCCCGCCUCAGCCAGCUGCGCUCGCUCUCCCUGCCUGUGUGCUCCAUCGCCGACUCCGCCCGCGGCCCACCUGCCCAACCUGUGAUGCAUGCUGCGCCCCGGGGCUUUGGCAAGAAGGUGCGCAUUGGGGUGCAGACCUCUGCCGGACCAUUCCUGGGCCCGGCGGCCUCCCAGCCGGCCUCUGUGUUCUGGUCUCUGUUGAAGAGCCUGCACUUUCUGGAACACCUGGAGCUCAUUGGCUCCAACUUCUCCUCAGCCAUGCCACGCAAUGAGCCCGCCAUCCGCAACUCCCUCCCGCCCUGCAGCCGGGCGCAGAAUGUCGGGGACUCCGAGGUGGCUGCCAUUGGGCAACUGGCCUUCCUGCGGCAUCUGACACUGGCCCAGCUUCCGGGGCUCCUGACGGGCUCGGGGCUGGUAAACAUCGGCCUGCAGUGCCAGCAGCUGCAGUCUCUCUCACUGGCCAACCUGGGCAUGAUGGGGAAGGUAGUCUACAUGCCCGCCCUCUCGAGCAUGCUGACGCACUGCAGGCAGCUGAAGGACCUCAGGCUGGAGCAGCCCUACUUCAGUGCCAAUGCUCAGUUCUUCCAGGCCCUGAGCCACUGUGCCUCACUGCAGCGCCUCUGCCUCGUGUCUCGCAGCGGCACCCUGCAGCCCGACGCCGUGCUGUCCUUCAUGGCCCGCUGCUUGCAGGUCGUCGUGUGCCACAUGUUCACAGGUGACUCUCUGGCCACCUGCAAGAGCCUGCAGCAGUCGCUCCUCCGCAGUUUCCAGGCUGAGAGGCCCGCACUGAAUGUCGUCAUCUUCCCCCUGCUGCACGAGGGCCUGGCUGAUGUUAUCCGCGACGUCCCCAUGGCGCACCUGGAUGAGGUUACCUUGUUCAAGAGCAGAGUGGCUGAGGAGCCACCAAACCUGUGGUGGUGACAGGCCCUCCCUGCUCAUGGCCCUGCACAUGGGGACACAUCACAGAGGAGGAAAACAUCUUUCUGCCGUCCCCUGGCCCUACUGCCGGACACCCCAUUUCCUCUCGCCACGCAUGAAGUCUGGGGGAAGAGGAUUGGGGUGGGGGUGGGGCAGCCGUGCAUCCCUCCCACUCCCUGCAGCCUCGAUGUCCCUCAGCUCCAGUGACCACGGCCUCCUGCCACAGGGCUCUGGGAUGCAGCUGCCUGUGCUGGAGGAGGCGGGCCGGCCCCAUGACACAUCCAUACCAGUUGGUGGCUGAGGAUUGAUUGGAGUGUGCUUUUCCAUCAAGACACAUUUUGGAGGGGUGUGCAGCCCAGUGGCACAAGGCCCUAAAUUUCAUCCCAGCUCCACAAAAGAAAACCAACAAACGAAAGAACUCAUUUUAACUCAGUCCAAUCUCUGCCAUGUGCCGGGCUGUAGGCCUGUGAGUCCCCGACUGGGGACAAGAACAGCUGGUUGCUCUCAGCUCCCUGGGACAAGGAUGGCUGAAUAGUACCUCCCCUGGCCAAGCCCAAGGCUGUGGGAGUGUCACACACACGAGUGGAGGGCCAGCUCCCCAGCGGGUCCCAACACCACACUGCUGGGGAAAUGUGCACAUUAGCUUUUGUCAGAAUAACCCCAGGGGGCUGGAGCAGGGUGUCACCUCUGCCUCUGGAUCUGUGAGGUACGUGGAGCUGGCAGUCCCAACGAGGGACUUCCCAGGGGACCCUGAGUGGGUCCAGUUCAUGCGGACUUCUGAUCUGGUCCCCUGAGUGAUGGCUCCUGCAUGGGCAGUAGGCUUGGGGUGGCAGAGCCCAUGGGGCCUUGCUCACAGCCAGUGCCCCGGAGCAAGAGCAAAGAGGGUGUAUCCCUUGCCCUACCUGCCCCAUCCCCCAUGCACGUCAGUUCAGCCCCUCCCUGCCCUUCCAGUCUGUAUGUUUGUGAGUCUGUAUUGUCUCCUCGCUUUUUGUUCUGAGGCUCUGCUCAUGGGCACAGAUGGCUCACCAGUGCGAGGUCCCCCUCUUCUACCCUGAUUUCCUACUUGCUGAGUCGUGACUUUUCUGGGACACAUGGUGCCCCCAGCUGCCCCAGGCUGCAGCACCAGGGCCUUUGUCAUCAGCAAGGAGACCUGACUCUGAAUGCAGGCCCACACCACACCUGGAUCCCUCCCCUCAGGGCCCUCAGCCAUCUUCACGCUGCCUCUGGAGCCCUGCCCCAUUCUUCCUGCCACUGCCAGCUGCAGGACAGGCACCCCAGGUCCAGGCCAGGGUCCCCCACAGCUGGAAGGUGGCGCACCAUGUCCCCACCACCAUUGCAGGUCAUUCUUACAGCUUUAAGCUGGUCCCUGAGGCCACUGCGUGUGAUCAGAUCCCCA